AUGGGGCGGUACUCGGGCAAGACGUGCCGCCUCAUCUUCAUGCUCGUGCUCACCGUGGGCUUCUUCGUGGCCGAGCUGGUGUCGGGCUACCUGGGCAACUCCAUCGCGCUCGUGUCCGACUCCUUCAACAUGCUCUCGGACCUCAUCUCGCUGUGCGUGGGGCUCUCCACGGGCCGCAUCGCGCGGCGCAGCCGCCGCGGGCCGCGCGCCACCUACGGCUACAGCCGCGCCGAGGCGGUGGGCGCGCUCAGCAACGCCGUCUUCCUCACGGCGCUCUGCUUCACCAUCUGCGUGGAGGCCGCGCUGCGCCUCGCGCGGCCCGAGCGCAUCGACGACGCGCAGCUCGUGCUCAUCGUGGGCGCGCUCGGCCUCGCCGUCAACGUCGUGGGGCUCCUCGUCUUCCAGGACUGGGCCGCCUGCUGCCGCUGCCGCCGCCGCCCGCCCCCCGACAGCGGCGCCGCCGCGGAGCCCCCCGAUGCCGCCGCGGAGCCCCCCGAUGCCGGCGCAGCAGGUGAUUCCCCAAACGACCAAAAGCAGCCUGAGGGGAGGUCUGAGAGGAAAACGGAGAAGAAGUCCGAAGCCUUGAACAUCCGAGGUGUUCUUUUGCAUGUUAUGGGCGAUGCACUUGGCUCUGUGGUUGUGGUGRUUGCAGCUACAAUCUUUCACGUGCUUCCCCUGAGUGCGGAUGCUCCCUGUAACUGGCAAUGCUAUAUCGAUCCAAGCCUGACCAUYGUUAUGGUGAUCAUCAUUUUGUCUUCUGCAUUCCCACUUAUCAAAGAGACCUCGAUCAUUUUGCUACAGAUGGUUCCCAAAGGUGUUAAUAUGCAGCUAUUGACUGACAGUCUAGCUCACGUACCAGGGGUUAUCAGCCUGCACGAGGUGCACGUCUGGGAGCUGGCAGGUGGGAAGAACAUYGCUACUCUACACGUCAAGUGCCAAACGCCUACUGAUUACCAAGAUGCUGCUUAUAAAAUCCGGAAGCUUUUCCAUGAAGCGGGGAUCCACUCGGUGACCAUCCAGCCUGAGUACCUUGAUCAGAAGAGCCCRUCGCUGCUCUGCAGCUCACCCUGCAUCUCCAGGGAGUGCGACUCUCAGCUCUGCUGCAGUCAGCAGGAGGCUUCGCUGCCCAAAAGCAACGGCUGCGUGGAGAAAAGCGAGAGGGGCCUCCCUGCACUGCCAAAGGACAAUGGUGCAAGUAAAAAUGACAUUGAGAUCCCUAUUGAGAGCCCUGUGUCAGAGGAUAGCAUUAAUAAUGUGAAGAAUUGUACCAUGUUUGAUGACAAGUCACAGUCGAGCAGCACGCGAUUUUAAGCAGCUCACUCUGUGCAACUUGUCCUCAAGAGCAAGAGUGCCCUGGCCACAGAGUGGGCUGUCCUGGGGUGUAGCCACAGUUGGGGUGGCAAAAAGAAAUCUGGGCUUUAGCUGCAAACCAAAAUACACUUAAAAAGCUUGCAUCUGAAAUAAGGAUUAAUAGUGUCCUGUAAAGUCUUGCAUUCAUCUAAGGUUUCUCUGAUACAGCCUAACAUAGAUCCUUUAUCAAACUACGUGUGCACUUCUGUUCUUAGGGGGAAUCAGGUGUAUUGCUGUCCACACUGACGUUUGCAGUUUAUGGCCAGUGGCACUGCAAAUUCAACUUGGCCUUUUCUGCUGAAUGGGGCUGCUUCCUCAAAGCCUUGUAGUGAGUGAGUGCUGGGCUGAAGUACUGUAUAUUUAUAAAGGACUUGUUGCUUUGUUCCUCCUUAAAGCCCAUUUUGCAUAGACAGGAGUUCAUUUUUUAAUAGGAACUCUUGUGCCUUUGUACUGUGAGUGUUUGAGUGAAUCUGAAAGUGUAUAAUGGGGAGAGGAAGCACUUGGGAAAGUUUGACUUGCAUUGUUUUCUUGAUUGCUCUGUCUCUAAAUACAGAAGUCAGAACUAGAGCCUUAGCUUAAUCACGGAGAAGUGUGYUAAAGAAUACACUUCCUACCAUGACAGCUAAGGAAUCCUUACUGGCUAAUAUUGUCUCUGCUGAUUCAAGUAAAUGAAAAUGCAGACAGCCAUCAACUUUUCUUGUUCACUGUUGUGAUUAUACAACUCUUUUUAAUGACAUCAGAAAUUGUAAUAACCAGAGACACUUAAUUCAUUGUCACAUGGAAUGAUUGCAGUAUCUGCAACACUGAGUAUUGUCAUUUUUCAUGAUGAAUAAACAAGCUAAUAUAUCUGUUAGGAAUAGUCAGAAUUCUGCAAUUCCAUUCUAUAAUUAAGACAC